UCCUUGGCAGUUCCUGUCUAGAAACACAUGACUGAGGUUAGCCGGCUGGAGGCGGAGUUGGACCAGUAGUUCCGUCCAGACUGUCUGAAACAGACUGGUAGUUAAGCGGACCGCUCUCCAUAGUGGUGGGGUGAAGAGUGAAAUAACUGGCAGACUGUCAGCAGAGAAAAUGGAGACAUCAGCAAGUGUGUCCAAUGGAGCAUCAUGGCCUGUAUAUGAGGAAAAAGAAGACACCCUCAGUCCUGAGGAUCUGUCUGAAAUGCUGGCAGCAGGGACCAAGGAGGUUCAUGAAAAGGCUGAGAACACUCAGUUUGUGAAAGAUUUCCUCAGGGGACGCAUCCGUAAAGAGCUCUUUAAGCUUGGUGCUGUGGCACUCUACUAUACAUACACAGCCAUGGAGGAAGAGAUUGAAAGGAACAAAGACCACCCCCAUUUUGCUCCACUGUAUUUUCCUGCAGAGCUACACCGCCAUGAAGCUUUGGCCCGUGACCUUGAGUACUUUUACGGCCCCGACUGGAAGAGUCAGAUCAGCUGCUCCCAGGCCACCCAGCACUAUGUGGACCGUAUUCAUCAAGUUGGGCAGGAGGACCCAGUGCUUUUGGUUGCCCAUGCCUACACCCGCUACAUGGGGGACCUGUCUGGGGGCCAGGUGCUGAAGAAGGUUGCGCAGAGAGCCAUGAAGCUGCCGCCCACAGGGGAAGGUCUGGAAUUCUAUCAGUUUGAUGCCAUCCACAGUGCCAAAGCAUUCAAGCAGCUGUACCGUAGUCGUAUGAACGAGUUGGAACUGGACAUGGAAAUAAAGAAGAGGUUGGUCGACGAAGCUGUCAAGGCCUUUCAGUUCAACAUGGAGGUGUUUGAGGAGCUGGAGGAGAUCGGUAAAACCAUACAGGAGGAUGUCUUAGAUGCUGGCAUGCCUGUCCAUGGAGCAAUGGGUGGAGACAUCAGCAAGUGUCCCUACUAUGCUGCCAAAAUGGCGGCGUCAGGUGGAACAGCAUACGCCUGUCAGCUCGCCAUGGCCGUACUCCGACACCCAACAGGACAGGUCCUGUUUGCUACUUGGUUUGCUGCUCUGGCUGGAUUAGCUGCAUGGUAUCUGAUGUGAUGCAGCCAUCACCCUGACACUGCUGCUGUGAGACAGAGAGAUGGGAGAAACAUAGGAGGAAAGACCAUAAGGAUACUGUGUGUGGACCAUUCCAUAGUUUCAGUUUAACAGCUCCAGGUUUAUUUAGUGUCACAUGCUAAUUAGGUCAGCUGACAGGAAAUUAACUUGGAUCUGUGUCUUAUCAGUGGAAUUCCAAUGAAAUGAUCUUGAGGACCAUCGAGACAUCAACUCCAAAAAUCAUAUUCAUCAAGUUACAGCUUGUUACAAUUUAUCUUCCUGCCUUUAUUUCACUACCUCCUUUACACUGUCAUCAUUACAUCCCGUGUGCAUGUUCUAGUGUUUUAAUUGUAUUUAAAGACUAAAUGUAACUCAUUUUGUCUUCAAAGGACACAGCGUGACUAGCUUUUUUUUAUUGUGAAAUUACAUUUUCUCCCAAUUUUAACUGAAACUGCCAGAUUGAAAGGACCUCUUGGUUUAUGAAUGGUGCCCAAGCAUAAACUCUAAUUUGUAAUACUUAGAAUUAGUUAAUAUGAUUACGAAUUAUCGAGAUUAAUUCACGGUGAGUUAAAAUAGACUAUGCAUAUGUUAUGUAUAAUUGCACAGUAGGUGUUUGCAGGGCAGACUGUUCUUUUAAAGAAGCCUUUUGUUUUUGCUGUAGAAUACAUUCAUUUGACAAGGGACAGGAAGUUAUAUAUGAGUUAAUAAUGCCAGCAGUGAAACAGUGAUUUAUUUGAAAACUUUAAAUUUGGAAAAUGUCUUUACUUGCACAUUACUGCACGUUGAUUGCAGUUCCGAGGAUGAUGUGAAGACAGUGCAGUGCACUGCAGUUUCUUUAAAUCCAUUAUCACAUUUCAUGAUUCAAAUGUGGCCUCAAAUGUUUCCAAAAAGUUUUUAUAAGUAUACUGGGAGACAAGUGAGACAAGGAAUCAAUUUUUCAAGAUAUAGCACGCCUACACCUACGCUUUGACAAGUGUAUGUUUAAUAAACAUCUGUCAGAUAUUAGUGAUUAUAGCAAAUAUACUGGAUAUAUGAAUGUCUACCGAUGCAUGUUCAGAUAUACUACUUCUGUUUCUGAAUGAUGCAGUAGGGCAUCUUUUAUUUCUGCAAAAAAAAAAUAAGAAAAACCUGAGUGUUGUUGAUUUAAAUGCAAAGCUAAAACAUCCAUGAUGAACGUAUGACUCACUGCUGAUUCAGCUGUACCUGCCACGGGAGCCUAUAUUAGGACAAAGGUGUUGUCAGACAUGACUGCAGCUGUUUUAAAAGGAAAUUGUCUUUUUUAAAUACAGUAUUAUUGGUUUGUCUACAUGAAGGCCAAAUCGAUUUCAGUGUUGUGGUUUAUUAUGAACUACUUCAGGUUAGGUACUUAUUGGCAUGCAGCUCAGCUCUUAUUUAUGUAUCCAUUUAUUAUGGAUAUAACAGCAUGCGUCAUCACUAAAACUGUAAUCACAUGCUGUUCAUACUGUUUUUAAAGAAAGACACGGUGGUGCACAACUGUUUGGUUUUUUGUUUGUUUUUUUUUUUUCAACAUAGCUAAGGAGGAAUAUUUUGUACAGCGUGUACUGUAUUCAGUGUGCUUGCACUGACCUGUGAUUGAAGUUAAUAUUUACCCUGAUACAGUAAUUACAUUUUAUUAAUUUUACUUUGCUUUCCAAGCAGUGUGUUGUUUUUUUCCCUUUUUCCUCUGCUUGGUACCAAAGGAAACCUACUGAUAACAGCAUUUCAGCCAGGUUCCUGUGCUGUUGUCAUUUGCACAUUUUCUUCACACAUAAAUGGAUAUACAGAAUUCCUUCAUUAGCAGAAUCCAUUCAGUUUAACAGCUGUAGUACAGCUGUUUGACAGAUAUGACAACUGAAGUGAUGAUCUGCUUUGUGUAAGAGUCUCAGGUUGCUGUCAGAUGGCAUUACAAUGCACUGCACGGUCUAAUACAGAGACUGCUCUAAUAUACUUUUGCAGUUCAAUAUUAAUAUGUUAUUUCUGCUUUUUUUGGUGCAAGUUUGAUGUGUCAAAAUGCUACUGUAUUUUUGAACUUAUUGAAGGGACGUUCAGGAGUUCAGAUUUAGUUUGAUCAUUGAUUAAAUCUUAGAUUAAAUUGAGUGGGAUGCAUGAUUAAUUCAUGUUGAUUUUGAAUUCCCUUGUUUUCACUAACUCUGCUCCUAACCCCUUUGUGUAUUUAACUGAACAAAGCUUUAUCAGCAAUUGGCUACUAUACUCUCAAUGUAUGGGAGGGAAAAAACAGAAAUAUGUUGUGCAGUCUAAUGAAACAAAUGGUUUUCUUGCUCAUGCUGAAAUAAAGGCAAUUCAUUUGAA